AUGCAUGAUUUAUUUGAAGGCAUUAUGCCAGUAACUUUGAAAUGUGUUAUCAAACAUUUGUUACGUUCUUGUAAUACAUUAUCAUUAGUCGGUAAUGAUGUACCACAUGGAAAUAUUGGCUGGGAGGUUUAUCUUAUACUUCGUGAAAUAUGUGACAUUGUUAUUGCCCCAAUUGUAGAUAGUGACAGUAUAUACAUGUUAGAAGAACUAGUUGCUAUGUUUUUGAAAACAUUUUCUGAAGUAUUUGGUUCUGAAUAUAUUAUUCCAAAAAUGCACAUGCUUGUUCAUUACCCUCGUCUGAUACGUCUUUUUGGGCCUUUACGAAAUUUUUGGUGUUUACGAUUUGAAUCUAAACAUCAGUAUUUUAAAAAAGCUGCCUCAAAUGGACGAUAUUUUAAGAAUAUUACCAAAACAUUGUCAAAGCGUCAUCAAAUGUUGCAGUGCUGGGAAAUGCUGACAGGUGAUAUGCUUUUAUCUAAUUAUACUGUGUCUGGAAACGCACCUAGAUUUUUUCAUAACUUGGAUGUUAAAGUACAAGAAGCUAUAAGAUUGUUACUUAAUUUAGAUAUAGAAGGGAAUGAAUCUAUAGUUAUAGCGAAAUCAAUAUCAGUUAUGUCAAAAUUGGCUAAUGUGGUACAAGGUGAGGAUGACAUAAGCAUAAAAAAACAUCAAGAUGCUUUAAAAAAUGAAAUAAAAAAACAGACACCAAGCUUUGAUAUAAUCAAAGAAAAAAUGAAAAGAACUUGUGAGUACAGACAACUUUUCUGCCAUGCCCACACAACUGCAGAAGUUCUGGAAGGAUUUCCGUGUUUACGACUAAAUAUUUUUUUUACAGCAGAUGUGCUUUUGCUGUAUGGUGUAGAUGUAACCAAUUUAAAAAUGAAAUUUCUAACCCUUUAUGAUGGUGUGAUCAAAGAAGCAGCCAAAAGAUGCAAAAAAUAUUGUGAAUAUUCAAGAAUGAUAAACAAAUAUUUAGAAAAAACUUUGGACAAUGAUAAACAACAGGAUUGGAAGGUGAUGUUUGUUACAUUGCUGUUACCCUCAUUAUUUGGGGAGAAAGAAGAGUUGUUUUUUCCCUUACCAAAGCAGCAAAUACCACUUAGUCCAGUCAUAUUGUCACAAGACGACGAGUGGAAUAUAUCAGUCGACAAGGAAGUUUUGUUUCUUAAAACUAUUUCCACUUUUUCCGCGGCUUUUCAAGCAUGGUUUGCAGCAUUUUGGAUAUUCAGCAUUGAAUUCCCAAAAGGAUUGUCCAAUACAUGUCAAUUUUUAGAAAAAGUGCUUCUUGGUGGGAAAGGAAAAUAGCCAAAUAUUGUCAGCAAAUGGGGCAACCGUCUUUUGCACUAAAAUAUGACUUUUGUUUUUUGUCUGUUUUUGUUGUAAAUCUUUAUAAUUUAUUUAUGUUUUUUUGUCACUAAAUUUGAAAAAACUUCUGAAUAUUUGCAAUAUUUCUAAAUUUUAUUAUAUUUUAUUGUGCUAC